GGCAACCCGCUACGUUAGACUGCCUGCCGUUCGACGUCGCGAUCUGAAAAGCAAAGCUGAGGGAAGCAGCAGGCGGUAGAAGAGGCUGAACAGUUCCCUCUCCUUUAAUAGAAAAUGUCAUGCUGUCGUCACCACAUUUCGUCGUUUUCACCCGAUAAACAUGUCUGCGCUGUGAGACAGGCAACCCUAGCUGAGAGACUCUGAGAGAGAGAGAGAGAGAGAGAGAGAGAGAGAGAGAGACCCAUUGGAAAUGUGAAGGAGAAAGCCGAACCCUGAAGCAGGAGGCACCGGCAACUGCUCGGAUGCACAAUUCCCAUAUAUUGUGGACGUUCUUCUUGUGGAGCUGAUUCCCUGGUUGUCAUUCAAAAGCUCAUCAUGGCUGCAGUGAAGUGUUUCAGUGGUCCGGAAGAGAUGGAGGAUUUCAGUCAUGCCCUGAAUCUGAUGAGAGAGCUGAAAUAUUUCUACGACUCCCAACUUCUGGUGGAUGUUCGGAUUGAAGUGGAGGCAGGACCCGAGUCUUCUGGAUGCGCCUCAGAGACUGAAACGCGUUCCUUUUUCCAGUGUAACCGUAAUAUCCUGGCGGCAGCGAGUCCCUAUUUCAAGAGCAUGUUCACGGGAGGACUGUACGAAAGCACCCAGAGCAAGAUCACAAUUCACGAGGUGGACGCGGAGUCGAUGGCGCUGAUCAUUGACUACUGCUACACCGGCAAAGUGACCAUCACUGAAGCCAACGUGCAGAGACUGUAUUCAGCCGCCAACAUGCUGCAGGUGGAGUACAUCCGACAUGCCUGUGCUGACUUCAUGACCAGAAGACUCGACCUGUCCAACUGUACAGGGAUCCUAAAAUUUGCUGACACCUUUGACAACAUGGAGCUGAAAAGCAAAGCCCAAGCCUUCAUUGCAAAGCACUUUGCUCAGCUCAGUGCCAGUGUGAAGGAGCUGUGUGAACUGGACGUGCAACAGAUGAAGGAGAUCCUCACGUUGGAUUCCCUUGACGUUGACUGUGAGAGGAAAGUGUGUGCGGUUGCCAUGCAGUGGAUCGAACAUAACAUGCCUCUGGAAACCGAGGACACCUUGCGCAUCCUUCAGUGCAUCCGUUGGUCGCUGUUUACAGAGAAAGACCGCUUCUAUGUAGAUGGUCUUAAAUCGAAGCCGUUCGUGGAGAAACACCUUUCAAGUUUACCCGAUUUGGCUAGUACAAGUGAGAGCGGGGUGAUUUCGGUGAAUCACACGAAACACAGAAUUGGCCUAAGCGCAAAAGAAAUGGUCCUGUUUUUUGGACGGCCCAACGAACCGUUCAUGUGUUACGACCCUUACAGUGAAGAGAUCUACUCCAUGUCAUCGCCUGUCAUCAACCUCAGCAAUCAGAACUUUAAACGCUCUCCUAUGGAAACGUUUUUAGUCUGCGCCACGCCAGAGAACAACCUGUACAUCGCCUCACACCUGUCCAAGCACUUCUGGGUGUAUAAUCCGCUGCUGAACUGCUGGCACGAGCUGGCCGAAAGACCGCUAGGGAGAAUGCAUUCAUGUAUUGGCUACCUCAACGGGCACAUGUACAUCCUCGGUGGAAGGGACCCUGUAUCUGAUGCAAGGAUCAAGGAGGUUGAGUGCUACAGCAUUCAAAGGAACCAGUGGAUAUUUGUCACGCCUUUGCCACAUUCCUUGGGAAAGAUGCAAGUCGUGACAGUCAACGAGCAACUGUAUGUAGUAAACAAGAGACGGAUACUCUGCUAUGAGCCCAAGAGAAACCACUGGCUACAGCGCGGCUCUUUAAAACGCAACAAGCUGCACAAAGCGUGCGUCUUUCAGGACCAAAUCGUCUGCCUGUGUGACAUCCCAGUGGUGAAAGUGUAUAACCCAGUGCGUGGGGAAUGGAGACGUAUCGCAGACAUCCCCAUCGAUAGCAGUGCUCUGAACUACCAAGUGGUUCAACACAAAAACAAACUGCUCCUGCUGACUCUUGCUAUUGUCCAUCACAACAAAAACAGGCUGGUCAUACACGAGUAUGACUCUUCUAGGGACACAUGGAAGAACGUUGUCACUAUGUUCGGCUCCUCGUUUGACUCGAUAAGCCUCUCUGCUCGCGUUUAUACGGCCUGCCUUAGCUCCGGCCAGAACUUCAUUACUGAGGAGGAUGAUGACAGUGGCUCCAGUGUAGACUGGGACUUUGGACUGACUGAUGCAGACUCUGAUUCGGGCAGCUCAAGCUCUUUUUCUGAUGAGAAUUGGUAGCAAACUUUCCCAAUGUCUGUAAAAAUCUGUGGUUGUUUAUGGCUGUAUGGAAGAGAGACACAAGUUCUUGAACUCCAUCUAAUGAUAAUCAUUGCAGAAUUGUACUUCUAUUAUGUGACUGGCCAAACGUUUACAUUAAUGUACCAGCACAGAGACAUUUCUUUAAACUGAAUUUACAUGACGUUUGUAUUACGUGGUUAAAAGGUGCUGUGAUAAGACAAGAACUCAAGAUGAUAAAUUAUUUUCCCAGAUGAUGCCAAUGUGGUGCUGUUAUCGUAUGAAGUGUAAUUCUGUUUUUUACUUUUUGAAAGGUAAAGACCAGUAUUAAUAUAUUUUCGAGUUUCAUUAAAUCCCUUGUACACUUUCAA